AAAGUUUGUGCUUCGUUUCACGACUCUCUUCACUGGCGCUGUGUAUCAGCUAGGAUUUCAGUACAGAAAUACAAACUCAAAGCUGCUGCUUUUCUCUGAAUUUGCAGACUGGUCAACGAAGAGGCUGCAAUCAAUGCGCGAGUUAGAAGAUGGAGGACAUGACGAAGGGCCAUUGGGGGUUGUUAUGGGUACAUCAAAUGUAAAUGUAAAGCCUACAACAAAUCGAGAGUAGAGCUAGAAGACAGUCCUCAGCGUCGCCGUUGAGUUUGAAAGUAAUUCGUGCGUCACGAUAAGUACAGAGCAAGCGGCUGAAGCGUAUCUUCUCUAAUCCCCUCUUACGCAAUCUAGAAGCUCUCUACCUCGCGGUUUGCAUGAUCGUCUUGGUUUUCGCCAGAGAAGUAGCCAGGGUGCCUGGCGUGACGAUUUGGACGCAGGUUGGGCAUGUGGAGUUUUACAAUUUCUUACUAGGUCACAGUUGGG